GUACGGUCGAGCCUUCCUUUCUUACACCUACUUUUGUUGUUUUGCUGAUACUGAAGCAUUCAGUACUUCACGAUUUCUUGUAUGUUGCCCACCCCAGUUUCUUUUUCUCGGCGCCCUUUUCGUAGAAACGGGGGAUCUCUGAACAAACCCCGUCGACGGAUAUUCGACAGCCUUCUCACUCGCGCUCGCGUCACGAAUCUAGCUGUGCUUCUGCUGGCAACGUUCUCCGCCAUUUCGUUCCUUGUAAACAUCUCCUUGUACUUCUCAGCCUCAUCCUCGCCAGAUUCCUUCUUUCCUCACAGUAUCAUCUCCACUAUCGUACGGCACAGGGCACUUGCGAAUCUGAACCAUUUGGUCAUCGUGCCAGGACAUGCUAUAUGGAAGGGCGCGGAUUCCACCUCGCGACUAGACAUGGAUGAUUGGGUUUUGGAACCGUAUCAGCGAGAAGGAAAUCGAAUCGAAACCUUUUACCGGCAUAUCGCACGCGGGGCGGAGAUUACUUUGAAAGACGAUCAUGCGCUUGUUGUUUUUAGUGGUGGGCAAACGCGAACUAGCUCAACAACUACCGAAGCAGAAUCUUACUUACGGCUGGCUUUGAACUCCAACGUGUUUGGAGGAUCAUCGCAUCCUUACCCUCGGGCUACGACGGAGAAUUAUGCUCUCGACUCAUUUCAGAAUCUUCUUUUCUCGAUUGCACGUUUUCACGAAUACUCUGGCCAUUAUCCCGACCAAAUCACAGUCGUCGGAUAUGAAAUGAAGCGUGCUUGUUUCACGGAUCUCCAUCGUAUUGCAGUCCGUUGGCCAAAGGAGAAAUUUCACUACAUCGGUAUAGACCCAAAGGCUGAGGACGCCAGCGCACUUGCUAGACAAGGAGAACAACAGAACGGGUAUCUUCCCUACUCAAAAGACCUUUAUGGAUGCCACUCGGAAUUGCUGGAGAAAAGGAAAUCGCGGAAUCCCUUCUCUCGCUUCCACUCAUACUUAACCUCUUCUCCGGAACUGAGGGAGUUAUUUGAGUACUGCCCUUCCCAGAGCACAACUGUCUUCCAUGGAAAGCUUCCAUGGGAUUGAUCUUGUCCGCAUGCAUAUUAGAGCAUUGACAUGAAGUGGGAAGAACAUUAACAUGCUGUAGUAAUGGACGAAGGGUACAUAUAGGGUUUGAGAAUCAUCGACUCUGCUGAAUAUUCGCUCUCCGAGCUGGGUUCCAAGGGUUCUACCGCCGGAGCGUCGCUUGAGUUUAGACUCACUUCGUCGUAAUUAUUGAGGACAUCGUCUUCAUCGUAGUAACUGUACAUGCUUUCAAUGCCAUUCCGUUGCGGAAAGCGUAAAGCAGAGGGAUAGGACCGUGGUAGCGAAGACGACACGUCCUGUUUCACGGGCACU